AUGGAUGUCGACAAGAGGAACGAAGCCUUCGUCUCCCGCGAUGGUGCGGCCGUCACCGGACAAGAUGGCAACGAGACAGACAACUCCAGCACUAUCCCGCCGCCCAUGACAACUCCGUACCCCGAGCCGACGUUCGAUGACCGAAAGGCAUGGAUCACCGUCGUGGCGUCUUCGUUGACGAUGUUUGUCUACCUGGGAAACGUCUACUCCUGGGGCAUUAUGCAAGUCAGACUCGUCGAGACCACAUCAUCAAGUCUGACAACCUUGACGUUUGUUGGUUCCCUCGCGACAUCGUUCAUGAUCUGCUUCAGCAUCUUGUCCGACAAGAUUGUAUGCAGGAUAGGAUAUAGGUUGUCGGCAUUGAUCGGAGGGUUCUUCAUGGGUCUUGGCGAAGUCCUUGCGAGCUUCCUGACACACCAUGUUAUCGCUCUCUUCUUCCUACACGGGCUCGUCUUUGGCCUCGGAGGUGGACUGUGCAUCUUUUCUGUUUCCACCGCACCGAUGAGCCUAUUCAAGAAGCACAAGGCACUGGCCAUGGGCUUUGUCUUUGGCGGAGGAAGCCUUGGAUCUGCAAUUAUGAGUGUCGUCACCAAUUAUCUGGUCAAGGAUCUGGAUGUCGCAUGGACCUUCCGCAUCCUCGGCUUCAUUCUGUGGGGAGUGUCGAUGCCAGCUUCCUACUUCCUCCCGUCGAGAAAGAGACUAGGCAACAAGAGUUCGCGCCAGCUGCAAUGGUAUCGCUUCAGACAACCCCGUUUUCUCUUGCUCGUCGGUGGCACUGUCCUCGCUUGCUUCCCUCUUUUCAUCCCGCCUUACUUCAUCCCUAUCUUCUCCAGAUCGAUGGGAUACUCCAAGGAGAUUGGAGUCAUCAUCCUUGCUGCUUGGAACUUGGCGUCUACUCUCGGGCGUGUCGUCGCCGGCUGGGUGGCUGACUCGGUGCUGGGCCCCGUUGAGAGCCUCGCAAUCUGCAUGCUCUUCAUGGCCCUCAGCUCGCUGGUCGUCUGGCCCUUGUCGUCAUCGAUCGGCAUCUUUUCCAUCUACCUCAUCUUCAAUGGCAUUGGUUGCGGCGCGUUCUUCAGUUUGACUCCCAUUGCGGUCAGUUCCACCUUCGGUGGAGAGAACACGCUAAGCAUUAUACCUGUCGUAUGGACAACUUGGUUCUGUGGUUUCUUCUUUGGAACCCCUAUUGCCUCCGGUCUCUACUCAUUGUCUGGUCGCUCAGACGGCCUCGAGGCGUUUCGUCCAGCUGCGUACUACGCCGGAGCAAUGGCGCUGGCUGGAUUUGUCUGCGUUCUGGGCAUUCGAUUUACUCGGUCUAAACAGGCCCCCGAGGAGAAAACUGGUUGCACCGCUUCCGCUCCGGGCUUUGCAUCUCUCAACGGUGGCACAACCGGGGGUGCUGGCGGUACAACCGUAACUGUCACCACCCAAGCUGACCUUGAGAAGUACGCCAGUGCAUCUGGCAAGUACGUGAUCAAAGUCAGUGGGCGCAUCACAGUCACGCCAUACGGGAAGGAGAUCAAAGUCUCCAGCGACAAGACCGUCAUUGGUGUCGGUACCUCUGGUGAGCUCUACCAGGGCGGCCUGGGCCUGAACAGCGCGAAAAACGUCAUCAUCAGGAACCUCAAGAUCGGCAACACCAACCUCGGCGACGGCGUCGAGAACGACCGCGAUGGUGUCCAGGUCGACACUGUGAGCAACAUCUGGAUCGACCACUGCCUCUUCGAGAACGGCGGCGACGGCUUGAUGGACCUCCGCAAAGACACCACCUACUUCACCGUCUCCAACAACAUCUUCCGCAACCACGACAAGACCUUCGGAAUCGGCUGGACUGACAACGUUACGGCCCGAGGUACCAUCAAUCACAACUGGUUCGAUAGCACCAACCAGCGGAACCCGAGCGCCGACAACCUUGCUCAAGUUCAUUUAUACAAUAACUACCUGUACGGCAUCACUUCUUACGGCCACUAUGCUCGCGGCAGCAGCAAUGCUAAGGUGGAGAAUGUGUUUUUCGAAAACACUAAGAACCCCUUGACCAAGGACUCCGGGGCUGUGCUUAACGCUUCUGGAAACACUUACAAGAGCUGCACUGGUACUAUUGCCUCCAACUCUGGAACUGGAUUCACUCCUGGCUACUCUUACACGCUCACUGCUACUGCUGAUGUUCCUGCCUAUGUGAAGGCCAAUGCGGGUCCGAAGGCUUCCGUUUGCACUUGA